AUGGCAGACACCGUGGCGCCGACAACAUUACGACCAACCUCGACGCCGGCGUGGUCACCAGGUACCAACGUGACGGCGAGUCCCAGCCCGGCACCAAGCCCCGCCGCGACACCGACGCCAAUCAUGACACCUGCCAUGACGACAACACCGACAUCCGCGCCCUUGCCGCCGAUUCCUAGUCCAACACCGUCGGCAAGCCCGACGAUGCCACCAUCGCCUUCGCCUUCGACACCGGCGCCUUCAUCGAAGCCGCCGUCACCCGCACCCACAAGCUCCAGCGCCGCACCCUCCCCAAUCACCACAACAAGCAGCAACAUAUCCGCCCGCGUCGUCAAGCCCCCCGUCGUCGACGCCAUCAACGACCCCUACCCCUCCAACGACGGCACCGCCAACGACACCGCCAACGACCGUGGCCCCGAUUCCAAUGCGUCGGCGUCGACGCCGUGGAUCAUCGCCGCAGACGUCGCCGGGUGCCUCCUCGUUCUCUUCCUUCUCGUGCAGUACCGACGAGACGUCUUGCAGCAACGCAAUCUGGCGACGAAAGGCGAGGCCACGUCCCCGACAUAUCUCCCGGCCGACAGCCCUUUUUGCUACGACGACUACAAACCGUCCGAGCUCGAGCAGGCCGAGCCACGCUUCCAGAGCUCCGAGUUGAUCUUCGCCAUCAACACGGGUGGGUACCGCGACAGCAGCGCGUCCCACGGCUCCAGCCACCGGUCCAGUGGGCUUCCGCGCGAUGCGCUGAGUGCCACGAACCACCGCGCAUCAAACGUGCACGAGGUCCGCCGUUCGGAGCACGAGGUGCGCAGUACAAACAGUCUUCUUGGAGCGCCGAGCAGCUGGGAGAUGGCGUCCUCGUUCACCUCGUCCCUCUCUGCGUCGUCCGAGCCCGUCGACACGCCCCGGUUUCAAGAAAUGCUCCACGCCGCCCGUGGUGGUCUCUUCAAGAGCUAG